AGAAAAAAGUUUUUCACUAAUGGUGAUGAAAAGAAGAACCGAUCAAAUGUAUUGUUUCAAGUUAUGGAAGUUCUAUUGACAACCGUAAUAGGAUUGACAGCUGUUGGUCUUGGUGGUGUAUUUUAUCAUUCAUGGCAAGUAGUGAAAAACUGGUACGAAUGGAACGAAGUUCACAAAGUAAAAUUGGCGUUCCAAACACCUGAUCCGUUACUAAGAAGUAAAAGUGGAGGAUUCCUCGAAAGAGAGGAAUUUUUAGAAACAAUUGAUAAAGUUAUAGAAGGCCGCGCACCUGGAAAAUACCUUUUACUUGUAGGUGAACGAGGAACUGGGAAAACUAAAUUAAUUUUGAAUGCAAUGGAAAAAAUAAAUCAAUGUGGAGUUGUAUAUGCUGAAGCACAUUCGGAAAGUGAGAUUUUUAAAGCUAGAUUAGGCAAAGCUCUAAAAUAUACAUAUAGAGAAGAUUAUAUUGGACAACUCUUUUCUAGAGUAGCACCCGAAAGAGGUUCAGCAUUACUUGAUGUUGAAAAAGCUUUAAAUGUGGUAGAAACAGUUGCCAUAAAACAUUGCAAAAAACGUGGUCGCCCAUUAGUUCUUGUUAUAAAUCAUAUUCAUGCAUUUAAAGAUGAUGAUAAAGAUGGUGACAACUUGUUAGCAUUAUUACAACAACGUGCUGAAUCAUGGGCUGCUACUAAGAUUGUGACAGUGCCUAAAGAAGCGAUAGAAUUAUUAAAAUCAAAACGACAAGAAUCUGAAGAUGAAUUGGAAAAAAUAGUCGAAAGAAUUGGCGGUCGUCUUUCUUAUAUUGAUAAAUUAGCUAAAGAAACUGAUAUUUAUGCAACUGCUAAACAAUUAGAAAAUGAAGAACGAAAUUGGAUAAUUAAUCGAAUAGGUCUGAUUCCUAAUUUUGAAGGAGGUGCUCUUGAUAAACAAAAAUAUGCUGCAUGUGCUUGGAAAUUAAUUCAUGCAAUUGUAAAAUCUCCAACUCAUUCAGUUUCAACAACUAAUUCAAAAAUUUUACUAAAUAUAUUUGAAGAAAUCGUUAAUAAAGAUGGGUUUGAUGAGUUGCUAGACAAUGUUUGUGAAAGAGUUAAAGAAAUUGACAAAGCACAAAAAACAACGGAAUUGAUAUGGA